AUUUACCUAAAGGACUGUCAUUGAGAAACAUGGCUGCCUCCACGGGUGCUGCAAGCGCUGCUGGCUCCGACUCACAAGGUCCAGCUUCGGCUGGUCCGAGUAUGGACAGCCCAGCGUUACAGUACAGUAUGAUCCUGGACCAUCUGAUCGGGGACAAGAGGCCCGUAAAGGACUUGAGCCCCGGCGUUAUGGGGGGGCUGCCGGUGCCUCUUAAAAGCGACGAGCAGAAGAUGAUCGAGAGGGGAAUGGAGAGCUGCGCCUUCAAGGCGGUUCUGGCCUGUGUGGGAGGGUUUGUACUCGGAGGAGCUUUCGGUGUUUUCACAGCAGGCAUUGAUACCAAUGUUGGCUUCGACCCUAAAGACCCUCUGAGAACUCCGACAGCACGAGAAGUCCUCAAAGACAUGGGCCAGAGGGGGAUGUCGUACGCCAAGAACUUCGCCAUCGUGGGCGCCAUGUUCUCCUGUACAGAGUGCAUCAUAGAAUCACACCGAGGUAAAUCUGACUGGAAGAACGCAGUGUACAGCGGUUGUGUAACUGGAGGAGCUAUUGGAUUUCGUGCCGGUCUGAAGGCUGGGGUGCUGGGAUGUGGAGGAUUUGCUGCAUUCUCUGCUGCCAUUGAAUAUUAUUUGCGGUGAACCACUAAAGAGUGGCUCUAUGGACAAGAACUUAAUCGGUGCACAUCUGGACCGGCCCUGUGACAAAUCCCACCUUGUGAAUAUUUACCUGCACAUGGAGGAUUGCUGCAAAAGCAGAAGUGAUGUAUGUGAUGGAAGUGACAGGUUCCUGUGUGUGUACAGUGCUGUUCAGUGAAUGCACAGUGGGCUGAAGAAGACCUGUAUGUAUUUCCCAGUGUCUCAUUACUUUUAUCAUACGGACAAUUUGAGCAAAGCAGACCAACUUCCUGUGGAGAAUCUCCAGAAACAGCAGAGUGGAUCUGCCUCUGUGUCGAAGGUAUAAUUUUGAACACAAAUCACCUUCGGUCUGAGUCUCGACCAGCUGAGAUCAGACUCAGAUAAACACUGUUCUUGUUGUAGAACAUUGGUAUGAUGUGUCAAUAACUAAUCACCAUCAGGAGCAUUUAUAUUAAAGAGGGUUUUUUUGUUAAA